AUGUUUUGGCUACCAGCUGGCUAGCAUUCAUGACGGAUUUUUCCCAGAAGUUACACAUGUAUUUCUCUCAGCUGUUUAAAUAAGUAAAUAUACACUGGUAUUUUGUAUAGUAAAUACCACGAUUUGUCCGUACAUUUGCUGUUUUGUGAGCUCUGUUUUAAGACGUAGUUUAAUUGUGCUAUUUUUUUUUACUUCGAGUUUUGUGAAUUGAACGACAACUUUUUUUUCAUUUCCCAUCCAAAUAAAACUAUGGUUAUUUUCCAAGCCUCCAAUAAGAAAGAAAACUUUGACGACGAAUUUUGAGUUGAAACAGCCAGAAGAGAAUGUUUAUUUUCAUUUAAAUACACCGUGUGAAAUACACCGAGAAGAAAAAUGUCAAAACAUUUCAAAAAGAGAAAACUAAAUAGGUUGUCUUCAUCUUCAGGCGAAGAAGAAGCGGGUUCAAACUGCCAAAAUGAUGCCUCCAAAAGGAAAAGUCACAAAAGAAAAAUUGACGAAAUGGAUCGAAAGAGCUCUAAAAAGGAACAGAAAAAAUCUCAUCAAGUUGACUCCCACAGCUCCCGCAAGAUAGCAAAGCCUGUUUACAGACUGUCAACAACAAAAGAACAGCAGAAAGUCUCUCCUAAAGAAGAGCAGCUUAAAAACAAGGGAUCCUUGCAAUUACAUGGGGAAGGCCAAUCCAGUAUAUCUAGAACAACGAGGGAAAUUAAAACUGUGACAAGGGACCAGUCAAAGCCCAAUAAGGCAAGCUGUGCUGCUUUACUUAAUCAGACAAUAGAGAAGAAAUUGAAAGGCAAGUUUGAUAAAAAGUGCUCUCAGGGCAGUUAUUCCAAACUAAAAAAUGAGCAAAUGAGUAACAAGUUAGAUGCUGCUGAACAUAGAGAUCACAGGCAGGGUUCAGAGAGGAGGAAUGGAUCAGCUAGGGAACCUUCAAGAUCCUCAUAUGACAGCAGGAAUAUUAAGACCCAAGAACCCAUCUCCUCCCACUACAAACAUUUUCAAAAAUGGAGCAACAUGGAGCGAGACCAGAACACAAGUAAAAAUUAUCAGUAUAACAGAAGUACGAGUAUGGAUGCCAAAAACCCCCCUACCACUGUCACACAGAAGUCUUGCAUUUCACCGAAACCCUCUACGACAGUGACAAACCCAAAGAAAUGGAAGAGCUUCACUUCAACCCCCGAGAGCAACAAAUCAGAACCACCACCGUCCACUCUAAAACAAAUAGGCACUCUAAAAUGUUUGCCUUUAAAAUUCAAUUUCAAAAUACCAAAAAAGAGUCAGCCGUCACCUGCACACAGCUCACUCGGAAAUAAUAAUACGGUGUCUUCAAACCAAAACCUCAAGCUUAAGGAUAACAAAGACGGCUCUGGGGCGAAGAAAUUGGAGCCAGCAACUGUGGAACCUUGCAGGCUUUUGGCUGGUUCCUCCAAUUCUCCUUGUAAAGAACAAAGUAAGAGAUCAUCUUUGCCUGACCAUCUUCUAUCUGAACGCCCACCAGCAGGAGAUGCAAACUCUGAGCAAUUCUUUGAUCAGGGUCAGGUAGUUGAAGAGCUUCAUCUUGCUCGGUCUGAAAGGAGGCUGGAGGUAAAUGUGAAGCAGAGCUACGGUGAACUCACCGGCAUGGACAUAGAUUCUGCUGAGGAAGGAGCCGCAGAAACCAAUUACAGGGUUCCCAAACAGAAAACCCUAAUCUUGGUUCUGGACACCAACAUUCUCCUCAGUCACUUGGAUUAUGUGAAAAAAAUCCGAUCUUGUGGCCUUGAAGCAUUGGGAUUUCCAGUUGUCCUGAUCCCCUGGGUGGUUCUACAAGAGCUGGAUUCCCUUAAAAAUAGAAAAGGUCUGUCAGGAUCUGUCGCCCACCUUGCAACUCCGGCCAUCUCGUUUAUUUACACCUCUCUGAAGAAGCGGGAUCCCCACCUGUGGGGGCAGUCCAUGCAGCAGGCCACUCAGAUCAGCAAUGGUCUGAAUACCGAGAAUAAUGAUGACAGAGUGCUGCAGUGCUGCCUGCAAUACCAGAAUAUGUAUCCAGAGUGUGUCCUCAUCUUAUGCACUAAUGAUAAAAACUUGUCCAAUAAAGCUGUCCUGAGUGGAGUGAGGGCUCUUAGCAAGGUUGAUUUGGAGGCAGGGGUCAGGAGAUCAAAACAUGGCCAACAUUUCCUUCUUCACGUUCAGUCUCCUGUUCUGUCUCGUUUGAGCCAUAACAUCUCAUCUCCAGUGUUGAGCACAAGCUGCUCACCAGUCCAGGUUCCCAUUCAAGGAAGUAACUUUGCAAUUUCCAUAAUCCACCAGCAGUUAUUAGCACAUACCAACUGUGCACUUAAUCCACCUGUUAAUUCCCCAUCAGUGAAAGGAGACUUUAAGGAGGCAGAAUGGGACCUCAGCAGAUAUCUGUGUGAACUGGAAGACAGUUUGCGAGAUGUGCUGUCUGAAGUGUUAGAAACCGAGAUGAAGGCGGCUUAUGACGAACUCUGGCAAGAGAUUGUUUAUAUAAAACCUCCCUGGAGUCUUCAAGAUGUCCUCCAGUGUUUUAAAAAGCACUGGAUUGCUGUCUUUGGACACCUUGUUCCACGGAAGAUGUUGGAAACUGUGGGAAACCUUAUCAACUUCUUUAGCUCAGGUGAAACCGUAUCAACUUUAGGGUUUCUACAAGAAACUAAGGAGUUAGUGAAAGCAUUUGGGAAAAGUUCAAGUUCAAAACUUGUCCCUGGUGCCAUCACUGUGAUCGAAAAUAUUUUGAAUAAGGCACAAUCACAGCACCAUGCGUCUGGGGAGCAGGAACUGUCUGCUGGUGAUGUUGUCAUGAAUGAUGACGAGUCUGUAGAUAAGCAGCCGGGAUCGGCUCACAUCUCUUCACAGAAAGUGUGGGCUGUGUUUGAGAAUAUCUGGUCUCAAGUGUGCCAAACUAGUUUGGAAGUGUUCAAAGCGCUCAGCUUUGACCCUCACACCAUGCAGGCCGCUACACCGAUGGGACGUCCUCCACCGCCACAGGACGCUUUGGCCUGUUUGCACAGACUGUCCUCGAUGGUUUCACAGCUGCUGCAGGCGUUUGGCAGGGUCUUGUCUUCGACUCCGGGGUUAGAGGAAGUCCAGACACUUCUCAGUAUUAUUUACUCCAAUAAGCUCGUCAGUGAAGAAGCCAGAUUAACAGCUAAAGACCUUCUGGAUUGUUUCUCCCAACCAGACUACAGGGAGAAACUUGGAGUUGGAGGAAACCAGUUAUUGGAGCUAAAAAAGGCUUUGGAUGGUUGUGUUCAGACCACAGGGCAGAACUUUGCCUUCACCGCACCAUGCUGAUGAAACUCAGGGUCCCAUUAACAUCAACCACCGGCUGCCUGUAAAGACCUGACCUGUUCCUUCGAUUAAACCCUUUGAUGUUGACGGCAUUUCUGUUUUGGAGCUUUUUUCCACGCUUGUUUCAUCUAUAAACACCUUCACUAUAACAGAAACUGUUUUGCUUUCUAUGUUAAUUGGUGUCUAAAGAUGUUUAUCUUUUUAUUCCGCAAUGUGUGAGGUUGUACUCCAGUUUGUGGUCAGGUCAUAAUGUAAGUGUUCUUUCAUUAAAACUACAGAAUGAAAGAACAUUUGCAUGUUAUGUUUGUAUUUGCAUAUAUUUUUCUGGUAUGUAAUCACAGAUCACAAUUUUUUUUAUAUAUAUAUAUAUAUGUUUCAGGGAAAAUAUCAAAUUUUCAGGUAUAUAUUUACUGGUUUUCUUGGACCAAAUGAAUGUGUGAUGAAGCCACACUGUGAAGCUUUAAUUUUUGUUUUACUAGUGUUGCCGCUUACUUGUAAUUUCUUAUUGUAUUUAUUGCUGGGCCUUAUUUAAAAUGAAACUACAUUGACACAAAACUCAUUCUAUGCAAAAAAAAAAAAAAAGAAAUAGCGCCUUCUUCCAAAGCACUACAAAAAACUGUGACUAAUCUACUGAAUGUUGGACCUUUAACAUUAUUGAAGUUAAUGAAGUAUUUUUUUAAAUGUUCCAGGUUCAAUGGGAGCCUUAUUGCUUUCCUCCUAUCAGUCUUCCAUAAAGGUCAAAUUCUUGGCAUGUAUGGCCAGUAGUUGUCCUGUUGACACAUUUUUCCACCUGAGCUCUGGAUUUCUGCAGCUCCUCCAGAAUCACCAAGGGCCGAUUGGCUGCUCUGCCGUUUGUCAUGAUGAAUUGAACACUUCUAACCAUUUUACAUUUACAUAUCACAAAAAAUAAAUAAUUCCUGAAGCUUGUAGUUUAAGGGCUAUUAAUGCUUCUGCAAGUCACAGCAUAUCUCCCCCCAAUUGUCUUCCCAUGAUGGGCUGGCAACCUGUCUAUGAUGUUUAACCCAAUUUUUAUUAGAGAUAUGCAUUAACCCCACACUUUUCCGUUUCAUACUAUUUUUUUCCAUUAUUUGUCUGCUGGUUUAAAAUGCUGACAAGCCCAGAACAAACUACUGGUUUGUCACUUUAAAGCUUGGAGUUACUGAUGUGACUGGGCCUUAGAGAUGGUAAAGAUAGCUGAAUAAGUUUAUGUUAGCAACCACUGUAUUAGAGAUUUGCAGUUUUAGAAAUUCUUUGUGCCAAAUUAAAAAGCGUAUGUGUGUACAAGUUUUUACUCUUGUAAAUUAAAUCUUACACUCCUAAA